GCGAGCCGUAAGGUGCUCAGAAAAGGAGGUAACUUAACAUCACUUCUUGAUAAGAUACAAGCAUGUGAAAUGGAGAAGUUAAACGAAGAAAUGUACAGGAAAAACCACAGGAAAACAAACAACGCAGAAGUAGCGGCAGUAUCGUAUUCUCAUAAAACUGAAACCGGCUCUCAAGUGAAAGGAUAUGGAAGUAGCUAUCACAGUCGACCGUUUAUUCGGAAAUGGGAUUUGUCGCAACAAAAAGGGCAACAUUUCCGUCAAAGUGUUAAAUACGAAAACCGAAAUCCUUGCACAAGAUGUACAAGUACUCGUCAUUUGACUUCAGAAUGUCAUGCCAUUGACAAAAUUUGCAGAAAAUGCCAUCGCAAAGGUCAUUUGGAGCGUGCAUGUGGCAUUAUACCAGCAUCGACACACAACACAAUGAAAAGGAAAAAUGAUGACCAACAGCAGGGGCCUCCACCCAAAGUUCGUCAAAUUGCAGCGGUCUCCCAAACAGACUUGCAUGUCGAUGAACCAGUUGAAGCAAAUCAUGCAAUCAAUAUUUCCAAAAAAGAUUGUAAUUGUGUCAUUGUUGGUUAUAUCGCCAAUUGUGCUAUAUCAUUUUUGAUCGAUUCGGGGGCAGAAGUUAAUACAAUUGAUUCAAAUACGUUCAAUCUCUUAAAAAAUGCAACGUGUCAUCCAGAUCUCUUUACUGUAUAA